CCGCGCAACGUCGGGUUGUUGUAGCGCUACACAGCAACAUCGGCCAAUCUCCGGCCAGUCGGGUUCACCGUGGUGGUUGUGGCGCAUCGGACCCCAAAACGAGGGAAAAAGAAAUAGACAAGCCGAGACACACAUAAUUUCAAACCCAAACCCCGCCAGUGGGGUAGAACACGGUGGGCCCCGGACCGGACCGAGGCAGUUCGCAUAAAGGUUGGCCACGGUGACGAGCGGAGCAAUAGUCGACCACAGGAUACGCUCGUGAGCACAUCCGGUAUUCCCCAGCCAGCAAAGUGCGUGCAGUACAGUUCUCGACCGAGAACCCGAUCCGGAUCCGUCAAGUGCAGUGAUUUUGUAGUUUCUCGAAAGCAGCAACGAUGAAGUUUGUGGCUCUUGCGCUGUGUCUCGCGGUGGUGAUUGUGGACCGUACGCUAGCACAGAACAACCAGUACCUUCCACCGGACAAGGGAUACGCUUACGAUAAGCCCAACCAGCCGUUCCCGUCAUCGCCCCAGCCGCAGAACGUUCCCCGACCACAGCCCACCCCCGGACGGCCGGCGCCUUCGUACGGACCCCCAGCCGCCCAGGAUGAUCACCAUCACGAGCCGGGCAUGCCGUUCGACUUCCAGUACAACGUGAACGACAUCGAAACCCAGAACGAUUACUCGCACAAGGCGGUCAGCGAUGGAGACGUCACUCGGGGUGAAUACCGCGUGCAGCUCCCCGAUGGUCGGACACAGAUUGUACGUUACACGGCCGACUGGAAGAACGGUUACAACGCGGAGGUGUCCUACGAAGGCGAAGCCAAGUACCCCGAAGGCCCGGGACAGGGUGGUGCCAACGCCGGUGGAUACAAGUACUAGGGGAGUGUCCGGUUGCGCACACUCUCCUGCACCUGCGCGUCGCCUGUGCCCUCUGGACGUCCGUGUCCAUUCUCGCGUCUCACAAGACUAAACGGUUCCCGUAUGGAGCUCCUUGAUCCGGAACAUCCUCAGCACAACGUUUCGAUGUACCAUCCAAUCACCACGCCACGCGCAGCGUUUCAUUCAUAAGCCACUUACUGUAUAUGCCAAGCUUAAGCUAAGUAAAGCGCCGCGCAAUCAUGGUCUGGAUCGAGAGUAAAGCCAGUAGGGGUUACGACACGCUACGCAUCUGCCCGCCAUUUCCAGCUCCAUGUUCAUUCACUCAGUACUUUUGGGAUCGGCGUUAGAUAGUCAUGUCCUGCUAGAGGUUUAGAAUGUUCUCAGAGACAGUUUAACUAAAUUUACCAAUGCGUUUGCCAGGCCAUUCAACGUUCCGGCUGUGUCUCUGUCCGAGGACACCCAUUUCCAUACCAUUCCGGAUCAACCUUUGGAAGCAAAGGGAACGAAGCAUUCUUUGGAAAAGUGUUUUUUUUUUGUUUUUGGUGAAAACAUACAAGUAAUGUGUGGCUUCAGCAAUGUGUAACUUCAGCGAUUCAGUGAUUCAACGUUUUUGAGUAAAGUCUUAAGAUUGUAUGAAUCGAAACACGUAAAAUAAAAUAUUGAAAACAAACCCGUCGUUUUCUGAUCAGAAAUGAACCCACCGAGGACACAGUCUUCGGACGCACCGAGCUUCGACUUCGAUGUGAAACGACGUCUGCAAAACGUUUGCUAGCUGCCAAACUAUCUUAAUACAAG